UUUAAAAUUGAAGUUGAUUCAGCGAUGUUUAUGAACAUUUCGUGCUAAAAUGAAAAUCUUGUUGGUAAAUUUAAUUGUUUUACUCAUUGCGGUGCUUAUAAAAUCGAAUAAUGAACAUGAACAAUCUACAACCAGCAAUGAAAUGGAGUACCCUAUGGAGGGACAGUGCUAUGAAUACUGUUUUAACAUAAUACAACCUAUGCUAGAGCAAACAGUCAGCAUGAAGAUGAGGGAGCAACAGAUUCAGGAGCAAAGCACAAUUUUCAGGACCUUAGAGAAUAAGUUAGCACAUUUGCUAGCAAAGGUUGAAAUAUAUGAAGAGACCAUUAAAAAUAAGCACCAUCAAAUGCCACAGCAACUCCUAGAUUCAGAAAAGAGAAGCAACGAGAUGGCAGUUAAACUUGGAAUCUGUGAGGAGACAAUAAGGAAUAAAGAUCUUGAAUUGGCACAACAGCUUCAAGCUUCUGAAACGUGUAAAAAUGAAACAAUUGAUAAGAACAACAUGAUUGAGUCAAGGAAUGAAUUACACUCUCAAAUGAAGGAUAAACUUCAGAAAAUUAUAGUAACAGUGGAGAGCACACUAGCUUCCAGCUGCAUCGGUAAAUUAAAUGAUAUUUAUGAGAUAAAAGUUCCCGGCAUGGAGGCCUUUUCUGUGUCCUGUGACUCGAGUUUAGCUGGAUCUGGAUGGACUGUCUUUCAACGGCGUAUGGAUGGAUCUGUGAACUUUAAUCGCAACUGGACAGAUUAUCGUCAGGGAUUUGGUGAUUUGCAGGGAGAGUUUUUUAUUGGACUUGAAAAGCUUUAUUUACUGACACGAUCGCAACCUCAUGAAUUGUAUAUUUCUCUUACGGACUUUGCAAAUGAAACACGAUAUGCCAGAUAUAGUGACUUUGUCAUCGGUAGUGAGGAAGAAGCCUAUGAGUUGAAACAACUUGGAAAAUAUGCUGGAAAUGCUGGUGAUUCAAUGAUCGAUCAUGCAAAUAUGAAAUUUUCAACACCAGAUAAGAAACAUAAUACAGGUUCGAGACAUUGCGCUAAAGAAUUUAGUUCUGGCUGGUGGUUUUGCGAUUGCUAUAUGUGUAAUCUCAAUGGCCUUUACGUAUAUGAAGAUAGUAAUAAGGAUGUCAUUAGCAUUGAAUGGAGAGACUGGAAAAAGGGCCGACCAAUGAAAUUUACUCAAAUGAUGAUUAAACCAAAGUCUGACUAGUUUUCAUUGAAAUCGAAACUACCCAACGGCAAAAACAGCUAUCUCUGGCUUUUUGGUAGAAGUUUAAAAGUUAUAUUGACGAAAAGAAUCAAAAUUUAAUCUCAAACUCAAAACCUUUUUAAAUUUUAUCCGUAACUAAGCCAAAGCUAAAUUAGGAAAAACAAUUCGAAUUUUAACAGUUUUAGACGUAGAAACCGAUGCAAAAAUGUAUCAAAUUAUUCUCAAUUACUUAAAACCAAAAUGUUUUAAUUAUUGUUUCAAAAUUUAGUUAGCAUUUAAGCAAUAAGGUCUUAUUAAUAAAAGCAUACUGUAACAGUGUUAGCUGCAUAUGGACCCAAGUGUCAAGCGUGUAGCUCCAUUUCUCACUACAAACGCUUAAUGAAGAGAAUGACCCAUAUGACAGACCAGAGAAACACAUACGAAGCCAACGUUGGAGUGACGCACUGUCAGAUAGCAGAAUUCAGCGACAGACCAAACAACUAUCGCACUGUACAGUGUACAAUGUACGACAGUACGAAUAUAUUUCAUAUUGGAUCACAUGGAGUUUCCUGCUCGUAUUUGCGAUAUAUGCAAUACACACACACACACACGCAGACACAUACAGUCUGUGUUGUUGGUUUGUUAGUUUGCUGUUUUGAGGCCAUAUCUGAAAUUAUGCCGCGCAUAUACAAGUAGUUAUAUACAUACAUAUAAAUAUAUUUGAAUUAUUACACAUAUACUACAUAUGGUACAAACAAUUGCACUUAUUUUUUUUUCUUUGAGACUGCGCAUAAAUUCAUAAUGUCAAAGUGGAAGCCACUGGCAGCGACAAAGGCGCGUCGAAAUUAAACAUAUAAAUUUAUAAUUU